UCAACUUUUGCUACCCGCUUUCUCACAUCGCUCGCAUCAUUCCUCCAUCUCCGACCCCAUCGCAUCACUUACACCGAUCGAAUCGACGACCCGAAUUCCGCUGUCGCUAGAUCUCGAUAAACCGUUUGCGACGACAUGGCGGAGAAAGGACACGGCCUUGACCACUCCAGAGACCCAUGUCCCUGGGUGGCUCUCUCAGAUUUUGGCGGCGCCUUCUGCAUGGGAGCCAUCGGCGGUGCAGUAUGGCACGGCGUUAAAGGUUUCAGAAACAGCCCCUAUGGCGAACGACGAAUCGGAGCAAUCACUGCCAUCAAAGCACGAGCGCCGGUACUUGGAGGCAACUUUGGAGUCUGGGGAGGCCUGUUCAGCACAUUCGACUGCGCAGUAAAAGGCGUACGAAAGAAGGAGGAUCCAUGGAACGCAAUCAUCGCAGGUUUCUUCACAGGUGGCUCGCUGGCAGUACGAGGAGGCCCUCGCGCGAUACGAAACGGCGCGAUUGGAUGUGCCAUUUUAUUAGCAGUCAUCGAAGGAGUCGGCAUUGGAUUCCAAAGAAUGAUGGCCGAGAACACCAAAUUGGAACUUCCUCCUCCGCCCCCGAGCAGUACGGGCUCAGGCAGUGAAGGCCGAUUAGCACCGGCUUGACUACCGCGUCUAGCCGUGUCUGCACUCACGAUGGCCGAAAUGGGAUUGAUUUGUGCCUGAUAUUCAAGAGACGAGGACAUACACGGCGUUGCGAUGAUGAAAAAUUUCUGGGUCAUAUGGGCGCAUAGCACUGGAGUUUGGCUAUGAUUGAUGCACGAUCGGGACUUGCAUCACACCCUAAGGACGGGCAGAAUGGUCUUCUGCUCACUCUUCACUCUCGACUAUACAAUAGAACACCGCGUCGGCCGAAUGGCCACUGAUGAACAUGCUGGUUGCGACAUGUUCGCGCAUGUACAAUAUAUGUAAAUAUCCGCACCGCUUUCACGGGGUAGUUCCCGCAGAUAUGUACUCUUCACGGCAGUCACAUCAGACGAGAGCAUUCUAAAGCACGGACUCGCAACAAUGUGGGAGUGGUAAGAUGGCCAUAGGUUAUCUACGGGGCAGA